AUGCUUUUCCCUUUCGUGUUAUCAUUAUUUAUCCUACCUACCAAUAUCUUUAGAACGGUUCUCGCACAACCCCCCUGGCUAACUGGCGAUGGUUCGUCUGAUUGUGGGCAAGGGUGUUUUUUCCAAAACCUUCGCAAUUCGGGAUGCCAAUUUCCCAACAUCGGCUGCGUCUGUGAGACACAAGGCUUUAUUCCAGACCUAACGACAUGUGUCAAUGGAAGAUGUAAUGCUACCGAAGCAGAACAAGUUUUACUAGCUGCUAGUUCGUUAUGCGCUUCUGUGGGCGCGUCAAGUUCAACCCAAGUAUCAACUGCAUCGGGUUCGACAUCAACUCAAACGUCGACGUCGCAAGUAUCUACUAGGUCCGAUACUUCGCGAUCAACAUUCACGACUUCGACUUCAAGACCAAAUACAUUAUCCGAUAAUAGAUCAACAAGCUCCAAUUCUCGUACCCAAUCCUCAACCGGGUCAGCGACUGCACCACCAUCAGAAACUCAAUCGGAAUCUCCACCAACAACAGAUGGGGGCUCAACACCUAUAGGUGCAAUUGUCGGUGGCGUCGUAGGGGGCUUUGGUGGGGUCUCUUUGAUUCUAGCAAUGGUUUGGUUGAUAAUGAGGGAGAAGAACAAGGGAGACACGAUAAGAGCACUUCCUCCUUUGAUGCCAAAACCUCAUACCGAUCCAAUAGAGCUAGAGGAUCAACCGUUGCCAAUAUGGGAUGGGCAGCAAGUUUUCACAUGGAAUCCACGAACAAAUUCUGCAACGGAACUCCCUGCGACAGAAAUCGUGAGACAAGAGCUUCCUGGAAGUUGA